GAAACGCAUUUUAUAAGGUCAUUCUCAUUCUCACACACACACUCAGAGCCAGAUAAAAGAGUUUAACGGAACACCAACGACACAAAAGGGAACAUUCUCCAGAGACAACCUGAAUAUUCUGAAAAGUGACUGAAACUCAUCGAAAUGUUUCCGGAUUCAGCUACAGGGUACAGUUAUGAGGAGUGCAAGGCCACGGCCGAUUGGCUGAUUGCUCAGGUUCCCGUGCGCCCUCUGGUGGGGAUCGUGUGCGGCUCCGGUCUCGGCAGACUGGCAGACAUGCUGAAAGACCAGCUAGUCAUCAACUACAAAGACAUCCCAAACUUCCCUCAGAGCACUGUUCACGGCCACGCCGGAAAGCUGGUGUUCGGCACCCUGAGAGGAAAGCCGUGCGUUUGCAUGCAGGGAAGGUUCCACCUCUAUGAAGGAUACCCCAUUCAGAAGACCACCAUGCCCAUCCGGGUCUUUAAGCUCAUGGGUGUGGAGACGGUUCUCCUGACCAACGCCGCUGGCGGACUGAACCAGGACUUUAGCGUGGGCGACAUCAUGGUCAUAAAGGAUCACAUCAAUAUCCCAGGCUUCGCUGGAAACAACCCGUUAGUGGGACUGAACGACGAGAGGUAUGGCGUGAGGUUCCCGUGUAUGUCGGACGCGUAUGACCGCGGGCUGCAGCAGCUGGCGCACGACGUCGCGGCGGAGCUGGAAUUCUCCUCGUUCAUGCAGGAGGGCGUUUACAGCGCUCUGGGCGGCCCGUCCUUCGAGACGAUCGCUGAGUGCAAAAUGCUGCGCUUCCUCGGAGCCGAUGCAGUGGGGAUGAGCACCGUCCAUGAGGUGAUCGUGGCGCGUCACUGUGGAAUGCGUGUGUUGGCUCUGUCUCUGAUCACCAAUAAGUCGGUGCUGGAUUACGACAGUGAGAAGAAGGCCAAUCACGAGGAGGUUCUGCAGACGGGUGAAAUGAGAGCCAAGCAGCUGGAGAAACUGGUGUCCACCGUGGUUUCCCGCAUCAAAACAGUCAAAUCCUGUUAGUGAGCGAAGCCCCUCAAACACGACCACACCGCUAGACGCCGUUAGCGACGCCCGUGUUUAUCAUUCACUCGUUAGUUUUGCUUUACAAUGUUUACAUUCCCGAGACAGAGUGUUUUAGGGAACAGCGACUGAUCCAAACUAAAGCACCGCUGCUUCUGUCAUCGCCAGAUCAUUUCACUUCACUGAUUAUAGUGUCGCUGGUUUAGUAUGUAUUUAUUGUGACCAAACGUCUGAUUUAUUUAAAACAAAGUUAAACAAAUGGAAAUUAAUACAAAAGAAAUCACUGAAAUAUGUCCAGUAAAGAAGGAAAUUGGGAGCUUUUUAAAAAUAUAUAUUUUAUAUCUAAAGAAACGUUACUGAAUUCACUUUGAGUUAUUUAACAAACACUGAACUGUAUUUAUGUGACCUAUUUAUGUAAAGGUGAGGUUUCUGAAGUUAAAAUGAGGGUGAAUGUUGUUUUUAAUUGCACUAACUGAUGGAGUUGUCAGUUUUAAGAUCUUCGUUUAAAUUGCUGUUUUAUUGAUGUACUCCAGCACUUUCACCAGAAAUUUUGUAAGAGUUUUAUUUACCAAAACUUUAAAAUUGCACUUCAACAAUUUUUGGGUACAUAUUGUCUCUAUAAUUGCCUGCUUAAAUGCAAUUAAAUGAAAUUUUUGACAUCA